AUGACGCCAGUUCUUGCGAAAACACUGAGUAGACUAUCACGAGACUCUCUACUGGAUCUCGUGAUAAGAUGGCUCGACGAAGACCGACCUUCCACACCUUAUCUCUGCAGCAAUCGCAGAGUAUUCGAGGCCGACGAGGAGGAUUAUCUGUAUGCGCCGGCGGCAACCAUCACGGAAUUACGCCAGAUAUACAAGGGAUUGCAGAAAGAUUUGUCACUGGCUUCCAAACGGGAUGUCAUAGACCGAGUGAUUGACGGCGAUUGGCGUAGAGGGUUGACGUUGCGGCAACAUGCAAUGGUUGACUUUGCUCACCUGGAGCAAAAUGACACCGCGCUGAGAUGGUCCGCUCUACGUCUAGUACCGCUAGUAUCGUCAGAGGAAAGCUCAUCAGAAGACUCGGACCUUCAACCUCCUCGUAAAAGGCGGAAACACACCUACGACGACGCCGGCGCACGGUAUCCUGAGAUCUCGGCGCAGACAUUUCUUUCGACGCUGAAGGAAGAAAUCUCGCCAGUGGUGAAAGCACAUUACCACCUCCACAAGAUGGCCUCGCCACAGAACCUCCAUAUCAUAAGGCUUUACUUCCUUCCCAGUUCGACCUUUAGUGGCGGUCAGUCGAAGAUUCCCCGACGGCCAAAGCAUGCCACCGAUACCGCGCGAGUCAUGUAUAUCGCGCUUCCGAACAGUUGUCCUUAUGUCUACGUCUCUCUGUCUGGCGCGUCUGGUUCAAAUUCGCGAAGCAAAGGGACGGCAAAUUCCAAGACAAAAUCCAUAGCAAAAAUGGAUAUGGCAGCCAUGAAGAAAGUCGUGCUGGAAGCAAUACCAAAAGCACUAUCGCGACCACACCAUCGUUGGGCAUUGGAGAGCACGAAACUCACUGCUCGUUCACUGCGGGCCAUGGUUGAAUUGAAAGGCAAUCGCAAGCCGGGUUCAGGAGGAGGAGUAUACAGCUCAUUUGCAGAAGGAGAGGGAGUGCCCAGCGUGGAGAUUCUUAGCACGCCCAUCGAGGGGGACGAAGGGGAUGAAUGCAGUACAAGACACUCUAUGGUUCAAAAGAGAUUUGGUGGCAUGGAUGGGGAGCACCAUGCUGCACUUGAUCGAGUCCAUGUAACGAUCCAAGGUUGGGGAGAGGUAGAGACGAUCAAAACCGCCACGAGUCCUCCCGGUCAAGGGACUUCCGACGUUACGUUGACAUUUACCGGCACCGAUGUUUUCAUGGGCUUAAAGCACCUUGCAGAGUUGGGUGCGGAAUGUUUGGACUUGGACAAAAUGCCUGCGUGGAUGACGGGAGAGCUUGGUCUUAGCAGCAUGACCGUAUAA